GAUUGUGAAAAACUGUUUCAAGAGAACGAAGCAGAGAGACUGCAGCCUCAGGAUCAGUCCUGCAAUACACAGAGCCAACAUGACGUAGCUCAGAGGAGACCAGCCUGUGGAUUCUGUUGAACAUGGGUUAGAAAAACAAACAGGGUCUCCUACCAAUUGGACUUACCCGGAUCACCUCUAACGGGAGGCGUCCAGGAGGUAUCCUGAUCAGAUGCCCGAACCACCUCAACUGGCACCAUUCGUUGCACAGGGGCAGCACCUCUACUUGAGCUCCCUGUAGAUCUCUGAGCUCCUCACCCUAUCUCUAAGGAUGAGCCCAGCCACCCCUCAGAGAAAACUCUGCCGCUUGUAUCCAUGACUUUUUCUCUAUUGCCACAAAUAGCAACCACAAAGAGGAAACAUCACCAUCAUAUACACAUCUGUAGCAGAGGAAAUGUCUCACACAGCUGAGAGAGAAUGGACACGAAAUUAUUCCUCAUUUUUGUGCUUCAGUUUCAAGCAGGCAUCAGUGGAACAACCACCUAUCUCUACUACAGAGCUGGAGAUGAUGCCACUCUGCCCUGUGCCACUGCAUCACCCUCUGACACAACAUGCUCCACCUUUAUAUGGCUUUACAACUGCAAUCAAUAUCAGACUUUCAUUGAGGUUCAGAAUGGAAAUGUUGUGAAGAGCUCAGCCCGAGCUGCCAGGCUGAGUGUGGACACUGGCUGCUCUUUGGUCAUUAACAACGUAACUGCUGAGGAUGUUGGUCACUACACCUGUCGGCAGGGGAGGAGCACUGAUCAUGAUGCAGUCGUGUAUUUAAAUGUUCUGACAAUCUCUCCAUCUCCACCAGACGCUGAUCCAAAGAGGGACGGUGAAGUCACAUUAGAGUGCUCUCUGUUGAGAUACAGAAGCCUCGGUCCUUGUCCACAGAACAGCGUCCGCUGGGUGAAUGAGACAGGAGCUGUGCUGCUUGGUGAAGGUGUCGGGUACAAGUUCCUCAGACAGACAGAAUGUGUCUCUGCUCUGACUGUGAAGCGUCAGAGUGGCAACAACAGGAAAUACACCUGCCAGUUUGUUGAUAACAACAAAGUAGAGAUAGAGGCUGACUACACACCUGACUUCACAGAAUCCACAGGCUGGUCUCCUCUGAGCUACGUCAUGUUGGCUCUGCGUAUUGCAGGACUGAUCCUGAUGAUCGUAAUCACCAUUCAUGUCAUCAGAAUCAAAUGGAACACAAAACCACUUGAUGAUGACGACAGUGAAAACAAUGAUGGUGACGUCCAAUAUGAAAAUGAUGGAGCACGUCCUGCUACUGCGAGACUGCACUGAUCAACAACUUCCACACCAACUUCAGAUCAUCACAAAGUCACAUAGCAUCAGUCAUUUUACACUUGUGAUCAAAGCUUUGACUUAAAAUGAAUGUUCUAUAUUUAGGAUAAAUUGCUCGCUCUUUUUACACCUUAAGUGAUGUAAGGAAUAUCUGUCAAACUGUUUUCUGUGCCAACAACAAGCAGAUGUUGUAUCUUCAGAUUGUACUGUAAAAAAGUCACUCAUAUUGACAGCUGUAUGUCACCUUUUAUUACAGUUUAAACACACAUUGCUCAGCUAAACACUGUAAUACUGAAACACAAAGAGGUAACUUUGUAGUAACAUCACUGUAACUUUGAAGGAUACCCACUUUAUUUGUCUCAGACUGCUACAGAGCAUCAUAUUAGCCUCAGUUUAACUUCAUCAUGUAGAUUUUGCCAGGAAAAGGACUGUAUUUUGUGGACAAUGACCAAAACCUGUUUCUAUGUACAUAUGGGCAUGUAAAUAUUGUAUUAAAUUACACUUGAACAAUUGUGAACCUGUCCAUUUACUUAACUUCAGCUGUAAAAUCAGUCAUAUAACUUGUUGAAUCUGUCCUGUCUCC